AGAGGCAGCGCGCCGCGCGCACGGAAGGGGGCUGCCGGGUGCCGCGCGGAGAAGAUGUAAGCGCGUGGGGUCUAGCUGGCCUCCGAGCACCAUGCAGAAGGGGAUCCGGCUGAACGAUGGCCACGUCGCGUCCCUGGGACUGCUGGCGCGCAAGGACGGCACGCGCAAAGGCUACCUGAGCAAGCGGAGUUCGGACAACACAAAAUGGCAAACCAAGUGGUUCGCGCUGCUGCAGAACCUGCUCUUCUACUUCGAGAGCGACUCGAGCUCGCGGCCCUCCGGGCUCUACCUGCUGGAGGGCUGCGUCUGCGACCGCGCGCCCUCCCCCAAGCCUGCGCUCUCGGCCAAGGAGCCGCUGGAGAAACAGCAUUACUUCACCGUUAACUUCAGCCACGAGAACCAGAAAGCCCUGGAGCUGAGGACGGAGGAUGCCAAGGAUUGUGACGAGUGGGUGGCGGCCAUCGCUCACGCCAGCUACCGGACCCUGGCCACGGAGCAUGAGGCGCUGAUGCAGAAGUACCUGCACCUGCUGCAGAUCGUGGAGACGGAGAAGACGGUGGCCAAGCAGCUGCGGCGGCAGAUCGAGGACGGCGAGAUCGAGAUCGAGCGGCUGAAGGCAGAGAUCGCAUCCCUGCUCAAGGACAAUGAACGCAUCCAGUCCACCCAGACCGCCACCCCCAGCGACGAGGACAGUGACAUCAAGAAGAUCAAGAAGGUGCAGAGCUUCCUGCGGGGCUGGCUGUGCCGGCGCAAGUGGAAGACCAUCAUCCAGGACUACAUCCGCUCGCCGCACGCCGACAGCAUGCGCCGGAGGAACCAGGUGGUGUUCAGCAUGCUGGAGGCCGAGGCCGAGUACGUGCAGCAGCUGCACAUCCUGGUCAACAACUUCCUGCGCCCGCUGCGGAUGGCCGCCAGCUCCAAGAAGCCCCCCAUCACGCACGAUGACGUCAGCAGCAUCUUCCUGAACAGCGAAACCAUCAUGUUCCUGCACCAGAUCUUCUACCAAGGCCUGAAGGCCCGCAUCUCGAGCUGGCCCACCCUGGUCCUGGCGGACCUGUUCGACAUCCUGCUGCCGAUGCUGAACAUCUACCAGGAGUUCGUGCGCAACCACCAGUACAGCCUGCAGAUCCUGGCGCACUGCAAGCAGAACCGCGACUUCGACAAGCUGCUCAAGCACUACGAGGCCAAGCCCGACUGCGAGGAGCGCACCCUGGAGACCUUCCUCACCUACCCCAUGUUCCAGAUUCCCAGGUACAUCCUGACGCUGCAUGAGCUCCUGGCCCACACGCCUCACGAACACGUGGAGCGCAACAGCCUGGACUACGCCAAGUCCAAACUGGAGGAGCUGUCCAGGAUAAUGCACGACGAAGUGAGCGAGACAGAGAACAUCCGGAAAAACCUUGCCAUCGAGCGUAUGAUCAUCGAAGGCUGUGAGAUCCUGCUGGACACCAGCCAGACUUUUGUGAGACAAGGCUCCCUCAUCCAGGUGCCCAUGUCCGAGAAGGGCAAGAUCACCCGGGGCCGCCUGGGCUCCCUGUCCCUGAAGAAGGAGGGCGAGCGGCAGUGCUUCCUCUUCUCCAAGCACCUCAUCAUCUGCACCAGAGGCUCGGGGGGGAAGCUGCACCUGACCAAGAACGGGGUCAUCUCGCUGAUCGACUGCACCCUGCUAGAGGACGCGGAGAGCACGGAAGACGACGCCAAAGGAGCCAACCAAGACAUAGAUCACUUGGAUUUUAAGAUUGGGGUGGAGCCCAAGGAUUCCCCGCCUUUCACCGUCAUCCUCGUGGCCUCGUCCAGGCAAGAGAAGGCGGCGUGGACCAGCGACAUUAGCCAGUGUGUGGAUAACAUCCGGUGCAACGGGCUGAUGAUGAACGCGUUCGAGGAGAACUCCAAGGUCACCGUGCCGCAGAUGAUCAAGUCGGACGCCUCCCUCUACUGCGACGACGUGGACAUCCGCUUCAGCAAGACCAUGAACUCCUGCAAAGUGCUGCAGAUCCGCUACGCCAGCGUGGGGCGGCUGCUGGAGAGGCUGACCGACCUGCGCUUCCUGAGCAUCGACUUCCUCAACACCUUCCUGCACUCCUACCGCGUCUUCACCACGGCCAUCGUGGUGCUGGACAAGCUCAUCACCAUCUACCGGAAGCCCAUCAGCGCCGUCCCCGCCAGCUCUGGCCAAGCCUCGAGGGGCCCGGCGGGUCACCGCGAGCCCUGGGUCCCUGCCAGGUCGCUGGAGCUCCUGUUCGCCAGUGGCCAGAGCAACAAGCUGCUGUACGGCGACCCCCCCAAGUCCCCACGCGCCACACGCAAGUUCUCGUCGCCACCGCCCCUGUCCAUCACCAAGACGUCGUCGCCGAGCCGCCGGCGGAAGCUGUCCCUGAACAUCCCCAUCAUCACGGGCGGCAAGGCCCUGGACCUGGCCGCCCUCAGCUGCAGCUCCAACGGCUACACCAGCCUGUACUCGGCCGUGUCGCCCUUCAGCAAGGCCACGCUGGACACCAGCAAGCUCUACGUGUCCGGCAGCCUUGCCAACAAGAUCCCGGACGAGGGCGACGCGGCCGCGGAGAGGCCGGAAGAGCCCGUGGCUCUCAGCAAGCAGACCUCGGAAGUCUCGGUGAGGGAAGAGUCCGACAACGACCAAAACCAGAGUGACGAUGGGGACCCCGAGGCAUCACCGACCAAAUCGCCCACGACGCCAAAGUCGGUCAAAAGCAAAAGUUCCUCAGAGUUCCCCCUCUUCUCCUACAACAACGGGGUCGUCGUGACCUCGUGUCGGGAACUGGACAGUACGCGCAGCGCCCUGUCGGCGGCUUCUGCCUUUGCCAUCGCCACGGCAGGAGCCAACGAGGGUGCCCCGAACAAGGAAAAGUACCGCAGGAUGUCCCUGGCCAGCGCAGGGUUUCCCCCUGACCAGAGGAACGGGGACAAGGAGUUUGUGAUCCGGCGAGCGGCCACCAACCGCGUCCUGAACGUGCUCCGGCACUGGGUCUCCAAACACUCUCAGGACUUCGAGACCAACGACGAGCUCAGAGGCAAGGUGGUCAGCUUCCUGGAGGAGGUCAUGCACGACCCCGAGCUGCUGACCCAGGAGAGGAAGGCCGCAGCCAACAUCAUCAGGACUCUGACCCAGGAGGACCCGGGGGACAACCAGAUCACGCUGGAGGAGAUCACGCAGCUGGCGGAAGGCGUCAAGGCAGAGCCCUUUGAAAACCACUCGGCCCUGGAGAUCGCCGAGCAGCUCACCCUGCUGGACCACCUCGUCUUCAAGAAGAUCCCCUACGAGGAGUUCUUCGGACAGGGCUGGAUGAAACUGGAGAAGAACGAAAGGACCCCCUAUAUUAUGAAGACCACCAAGCAUUUCAAUGACAUCAGUAACUUGAUUGCUUCAGAAAUCAUCCGCAAUGAGGACAUCAACGCAAGAGUGAGCGCCAUCGAGAAGUGGGUGGCCGUGGCCGACAUCUGUCGCUGCUUGCACAACUACAAUGCCGUGCUGGAGAUCACCUCGUCCAUGAACCGCAGCGCGAUAUUCCGGCUGAAAAAGACGUGGCUCAAAGUCUCCAAGCAGACGAAAGCUUUGAUUGAUAAGCUCCAAAAGCUUGUGUCGUCCGAGGGCAGAUUUAAGAAUCUGAGAGAAGCUCUGAAGAAUUGUGACCCUCCCUGUGUUCCUUACCUGGGGAUGUACCUCACUGACCUGGCCUUCAUCGAAGAGGGGACGCCAAAUUACACGGAGGACGGCCUGGUCAACUUCUCCAAGAUGAGAAUGAUAUCUCAUAUUAUCCGAGAGAUCCGCCAGUUUCAACAAACCGCGUAUAAAAUAGAGCACCAGGUGAAGGUGACCCAGUACCUGCUGGACCGGUCCUUCGUGAUGGACGAGGACAGCCUGUACGAGUCGUCCCUGCGCAUGGAGCCGAAGCUGCCCACCUGAGGCCACGGGCGCGCCACGGACACGCGCUGCAGGCCACGGGCGCGCCACGGACACGCGCUGUGUGCCGCUGUACAUAGUCGCCUGGUUCCCGGACUUUCCUCUUUAGUAUGUGCUUCUCCAAGAACACCGGUCCGUUCUCGUUCUUCGAUUCCCGUAGACCGGAAUAGGCGUCUCGGCUCCGUUUCCGACGUCCG